UUUCGAAAGACCUAUUUCGUAUAUUUAUAAUUAUUUAAUAAUGUCUAAAGGCGGUGAUGAAUCAAUAGCUUCCGGGCCGGCUUUAAGCUCGCUUCGUCCUGCAAAUGUGUUAGAGAUUCAAGCUCGCGAGUACCUCAAGGAAAAGGAGAUUGAAUUUGGUUUACCUAUCAUGGCUGAGCGUAAAGGACCAGUUCGUGAGGGAGACGUCGAUUUGACUACAAAUAUCUAUCCGCUGAUUUUCCAAAGCAACAUUCGUGUUUGUCGAUACAAUGUGAAAGUUUCUGGAACGAAGAGAAGCGGACGGAUCGUAGAGUUCACUAAGAAGUUCAAGGACGAUUUUACCAAAACUGAGCGUCGCUUUCGUACGCGGGAUGUGCUUGUUACUUUUAUGAAUAAACAUAAGGAUAUGGCCAAAGCCGCUGGUUGCAUCUACAACGAUCUCCAGUCAAUCAUGUAUUCUUUGACUCCUAUGUCUCAACAAGAGCAUAUUAAAUUUGAUUUUUCUCCUUCUGAACUUCACAAUGCCUCUGAGUUUGGACGUUUCAAAUUGGACAGCAUCACUUUGGAGUUUACUCCUACCAAUCCUUUUCAAUUGAGCUUAGAACAGAUACAGGGACAGCGGGAUUUGGUUUAUGCGAACAGAGAUCUUGCUCAAUUUCUUGACAUUGCUACCAGCCAAGAUGUUUUCUUUCGCGAAGGAGAGCACGUUCAUUUCUCUACAUCUAAUUCUUAUAUGUAUAGUCCUGAGAUGUUUGGUUUCAAAUCUGAUGACACUAUUUCUUUUGAGGAUAACCUUACCUAUCUUGGUAUAGGGUGUGACAAAGCAAUUCACAAUGUUCAAGGAGGCAAACCUGGAAGUGCAAAGAAAACUCCAUUCCAUGCGGAUGAUCUUCUUGUUAAUAAAGUGGAUGCUAUGUUACGUUCAAUGCAACGUGCAUCAUUUGAUGCUAAAGUGGCGUAUUUGGAUAAAUAUCUCAAAGGUCUAAUGGUUUGCACUACUCAUAAUAAGAAUAAUGUGCAGUACUUACUGAUAAAAGGAUUUGCACGCGAAAGCGCCUCUCAAAAAGAAAUAUCAAUUAAUGGGCAACCGACUUCAGUUGCUACAUAUUUCAACCAGAAAUAUGGGGUUUCGCUCAGUCGAAUGGAUUUGCCUUUAGUUAUAAGCAGUACAACUGACAAGGAUGGGAAGAAGCAACAAAAUUAUUACCCAAUUGAAGUUCUUCAAGUUUGUGACAAUCAACGUGUUAAGACUAACCAAUUGACUUCGCAAAUGACUCAAUUAGCAAUUAGGAAGUGUGCUGUUCCUCCAGCUAUUUUACGCGCGCAAAUGGAAAAGGUUGCAAAAUCAUUGCAUCUCUGGGACAGUGAUUAUUUGAAUGCUGCCAGAAUUCAACGUGCGAAUGAACUUAAUCAUCCUGAACUUCAAACUGGUGAUGGUAGUGUUUUUCCAAAUAAAGAUACUGCUGGUUGGAGGAUGAAUAAAGUAUUGUCUCCCCAAGCACUCGUGGGUAAGCAAUAUGGAUGGGCUUCUUUUGUUUUUUGGACAAAAAAUGCUGGGCAUGGAUGCUUAACGCAAAAUGAGAUGGAUGAUUUUCUGCGUCGUUAUCAACAACAAGCAAGUUCCAGAGGCAUUAGAUUAAAUGAUCCUGUAAGAAAGGAAAUUGUUACGCUGAAUAAAUUGGAUGACAUGGCUCAAUUUUAUGAUUGGGCUUCAAAAAAUGACAUUGCCUUUUUGCUUUGUUUUCAUGGAGAUAGUGGUGAUGCAGAACAAGUACAUCAUGAGGUUAAAGCAAAUGAGAGGCGUUUCUUUGUAAUUACGCAAUGUGUAAGAACUGGGACUGUUAAGAAUGUUAUACAAAAGGGUCAAAAACUCACAAUUGACAACAUUUUGAAUAAAACCAAUGUAAAGUUGGGUGGAGUGAACUAUACAUUGUCACGUUCAAGGAUUGCUACUGACACGUCAACGUUAAUUAUUGGGUUUAGUGCAAACCAUCCUGGUGGUGGUAUUGGUACGGUAGAUGACACUGCUUCUGAUCCAAACAAAGCACCUUCCUUUGUUAGUGGACCACCUACAGCUGUCGGGUUUGCUGCAAAUGUUGGUCCUACGAAAAUGCCAUAUGAUUUUAUUGGUGACUUUCUCUAUCAGCAAGCAUAUCGUGAGGAAAAAGUUAACGUCAUUGAGUCGAUUGUUCAACGAUGUGUUGCUUUCUUUCAAUCAACAAGGGAUGGACGUCUUCCUCAACGUGUUAUUCUUUUCCGUAAUGGAUGUAGUGAAGGAUUAUACCCAAAGAUUCUUAAGUAUGAAGUUCCACUUCUGCGAAAGGCAUUGCAGGUUGAAGGGAUUCAGGAACCAAAAUUAACUUUAAUUGUUUGCAAUAAACUUCAAAGCGUUCGAUUCUUCCACAAAAAUAUUAAUCAAAAUGCCAAGGCGCCAGAUCAAAAUCUGAAACCUGGCACAAUUAUUGACACAGCGGCGGUGCAUCCAGAAUUUGCAGAAUUCUUUUUGACUUCACAUCGCGCUUUACAAGGAACUGCUCGGACUCCAAAAUAUACGGUAGUAUAUGAUGAUUGCGAACAUGAUUUGGAUGAAUUGGAACGUAUCACUUAUGAUCUUUGUUUUGGACAUCAAAUUGUGUCAUCACCAAUUUCUUUGCCAGCACCAGUCUUAGUUGCUUCAGAAUAUGCCAAACGAGGAAGAAAUCUUUACAAUUCUUUAUUUGACGAAUUGAAGCAGAAAAAUCCGGAUAUUACCUAUACCAACUUGAAUGAUGACAUCACUUUUUACGGACGUACUGGGACGGAGUGCUGGAUUUCUGAAUACCGGUUGAAUGCUUAAGGACAAGAGGAUAUUUUUUAAAAUUAUUUCUUAAUUUAAUGCAUUUAAGAUAAUUUAAGUUAAAUAAUUCUAAGUCCCAAAUUUAAUAAUAGAUGAAUUUAAUGAUCUAAUAUAAAUUGGAUUUUAAAAACAAGUUAAGGAAUGGGAAAGGUGUUUUACUAGAUCAUUUAAAAUCAUCUAAAGCAAUUGUUAAAGCCCAAAAUUUUUAAUUAAGUCCCCAAUCCUAUUUAAUUUCUAAAUUGUUUAAAUUUAUUUAGACUAUAAUAUAUGUCUUUUUGUUAAAAAUUCGCACUUUUUUAAAAAUAAAAACUACGAAAAUGUUAUGGUAGAUUUUGAAUUUUAUAUAAGGUUGAAGUAAUAUGUUUGUUUUGGUAAAGUUGGGGAGAAUAUUUUUAAAAUUAUUUGUUUUAUUUUUUUAAUUAUUACUGUUUCCUCUAAAAAAAUAGUGGUCCGAGAUCCGAAAUGAGAACUGUCCCCUACUACCGAAA